AUGGAUUCAGAAGAAAAACAAAUUCAUGUAAUGUUCCUUCCCUACCUGGCACCAGGCCACAUGAUGCCAAUGGUGGACAUGGCUAGGCUAUUAGCCGGAAAUGGAUUAAAGGUCACCAUAAUCACCACCACUAUGAAUGCCGCUCAGUUUAAGAAUGCUAUUGAUCGGGAUAUCAAAUCCGGUCGACAGAUUUCGUUGGCAACUCUCCGUUUCCCUAGCAUAGAAGCUGGUUUACCUGAAGGCUGCGAAAAUUUAUCCUCCACAACGACCCCUGAAAUGACUUUGAAGCUGUUUCACGGCAUAGAAUUGCUGCAACCACAUAUUAAAAUGAUCUUGCAGAAGCACCGCCCUGACUGCAUUGCCUCUGAUUAUCUCUUCCCAUGGACAGUUGAUGUUGCCAUUGAACUUGGCAUACCGAGGCUUGCCUUUAAUGGAAGUGGAUUCUUCAAUCUUUGUGUUGCAAACAGCAUUGAUUGUCAUCGACCUCACAACAAUGUCACAUCUGAGACAGAACAAUUUGUCAUCCCAGGCUUGCCAGACAAAGUAACCAUUACAAGAUCACAACUACCGGAUAUUGUCAAAGGCGAAAACGAAGUUUUCUCUGCUUUGUUUGAUAAACUGAAGGAGGCAGAGAGGAAGAGCUUUGGAGUGUUGAUGAAUAGCUUUUAUGAGUUAGAACCAGCCUAUGCUGAUCAUUUCAGAAAAGUCACUGGAAUCAAGGCGUGGCACUUGGGUCCUGUAUCUCUGUUCAAUAGAAAUGCUGAUGAUAGACUAGAAAGAGGUGGCAAGACUUCAAUACGUAAACAUAGCUGCCUGGAUUGGCUGGAAUCCAAGAAACCGAAGUCCGUUCUCUACAUUUGUUUCGGAAGCCUGACCAGAUUUAGCAAGACUCAAAUAUCAGAAAUUGCUAGUGCACUUGAAGAGUCGAGGCACUCUUUCAUUUGGGCUGUAGGAAAAAUCCUGAAAUCUGACAACGAAGAUAACAACCUGGAUCGGCAGCAGGACUGGUGGCUACCAGAAGAGUAUGAAGACAGGUUGAAGAACAGUGGCAAAGGAUUGAUUAUAAAGGGAUGGGCCCCGCAGCUGCUAAUACUGGAGCACCCAGCAAUUGGAGGGUUUUUAACUCACUGCGGCUGGAACUCUAUUCUUGAAGGCAUUUGUGCCGGUCUGCCCAUGGUCACAUGGCCAAUUUUUGCAGAGCAGUUUUACAAUGAGAAGCUCAUAACUCAGGUGCUUAAAUUAGGAGUGCCAGUUGGCAAUGAGACUUGGAAAGUGUGGGCAAAUGAGGAAUCACCAUUGAUUAACAGAGACAAAAUAGAGAAGGCAGUGAGAAUUGUAAUGGGUGACACAGAUGAGGCAAUUGAGAUGAGGAAACAAGCAAGUAGACUAGCAGCAUUCGCGAAGAUGACAAUUGAAGAAGGCGGAUCGUCUUCUAAUGACUUGAAGGCCCUAAUUGAGGACAUCAGAACGUACAAACACGCAACAGGACGCGGGGAAUCAAGGUGA